AGUUGAGUUAAGAGAUGCCUGGCUUCUGCAUGAGUCGUGCUGCGACACGCAUCCGUGCCCGUGUUCGGGUCCGCUCACCCUCCCAGCACUACAAGAAAACUGCAAGUUUCAUCGAACCACAAGAUAAGUCAGAUGGGGUCCGUGAGUUCAGCAUCGAGAGCUGCGUGCCUGAAUCUGAAUCCGGGAACAGAGUGAUGAUUGUGGUCGAUUCCAGCCCCGAAACUAGAGUGGCGCUCGAGUGGGCACUGUCCCACACGGUGCAGAGCCACGACACCAUUGUUCUGUUGCAUGUCGCCAGAAAGGAUGGGAAUACGAACUGGGAGAUUGAUCAAACGGCAUAUGAUCUUAUGAACACCAGCAAAAAUAUGUGUCAACAGAAAAGACCAGAGGUGCAUGUGGAGAUGGCAGUCCGAGAAGGGAAGGACAAGGGUGCAACCAUUGUUGAAGAGGCAAAACGAGCAAGGGUCUCGUUACUAGUUCUUGGACAACGAAAGCAGUCAUUUCUAAGGCGACUACAGAUGAUUUGGGCAAACAAGAGAAACGGGAACAGGUUCGUGGACUACUGCAUCCAGAAUGCCAAUUGUAUGACGAUCGCAGUUAGAAGGAAACAUAGGAAAUAUGGAGGAUAUUUGAUCACUACCAAACGCCACAAGAACUUUUGGCUUCUGGCCUAGGAUAUCACUACAUUCAUAUUUGGAGCUUCCACAAAAUACAAGAGUACUGCAGAGAAGCAAAGAGCUUUAAAUUUCAAAUACAAUCAGUUGUAUAAAACAGAAUGACAACUUAUUUCAUUU